UUAAUUCUAGCCGUCGAUUCCUAGGCUAGGGUUCUUCGAAACGAGAAAUCGAUCGAGCUUUGCGCGGUGGAUCCUCUCCUCCCAGUAAGCAAUCUCCAGGUCUAGCAGCAGGAGCAGCACUAGCAGCGGCAGGCGGUAGGGCGAUGACGAUCUUGUACGCGCUCGUCGCUAGAGGAUCGGUCGUGCUAGCCGAGUUUAGUGCUGUCACAGGGAAUGCUACCACCAUCGCCCGGCGGAUUAUCGAGAAGCUGCCGGCUUCCAGCGAUAGCCGCCUCUCCUAUUCGCAGGAUCGCCACAUUUUCCACAUCAUGAAGGCCGAUGGUCUCACUUUUCUUUGCAUGGCAACAGAUACAUUUGGAAGACGAAUUCCUUUCGCUUAUCUGGAAGACAUUCACAUGAGAUUUAUCAAGACAUAUGGACGAGUUGCUCGCACCGCUCUGGCAUACUCGAUGAACGACGAGUUUUCUAGAGUUUUGCACCAGCAGAUGGAAUACUUUUCCAAUAACCCCGAGGCGGACACGAUCAAUCGGGUCAAAGGCGAUCUAAACGAGGUCCGAUCAGUUAUGGUCGAAAACAUUGACAAAGUCUUGGAACGAGGUGACAGAAUAGAGCUCCUGGUGGACAAGACAUCCACGAUGCAAGAUAAUAGUUUCCGCUUCAAAAAACAAUCCCGUCGCCUUCAGCAGGCAAUGUGGAUGAAAAACGCCAAACUCUUGGCUUGCAUGACGUGCCUCAUCGUCUUCUUGCUCUACAUUGUCAUCGCAAUGUUCUGCGGCGGCCUUGGCCUAUCAUCCUGUCGCAAAUGAGAGGAUCCUUGCCUCCUCGUCGGAUUCAUCGUCGCAGCACCAAACCGAAAGAAGUUUUUUUUUUUUCCUCUCUCUCUUCUCUAAGGUUCGCCACUGCUCAAAGCUUGAAGUGUUUGUAGAUAUAUCGUGUGGAUUUUCCUUCCCCCUUUCGUUUGUUUUUGCUCAUGAUCGUAGGCUAGGGACGUGCACAGUGCAAAUGCUUUUACAAGGCGACACCUCUUUUCUUCGCCAUCCCGGCUUUGUUGUUUUCCUUCUCCUUUUUCCUUUUGUUCGUCUGGGAAUCUCUGGGAAUCAAGGCUGCCCGCGCUGCCCGCGGAGGAAAGCCGAGAGUUGCCAGGCCGGACACAACUUUUGUGGGGACACGAACGAACGAACUAACGCGCAUUCAACAAACGAGCGCUCCAAGUGGUGGUCGCGAGAUCGAUUCCCUCUUUCCAUACUUAAAUAAUUGGGUGGCAUCGAUUCCACAAACCCA